AUGCCAAUUCCUCCUGAAAAUUCAUCGAAUAUUUAUAACGAAGAAGAUGCUUUAAAUCAGCUAAUACGAAAAAAAAGAUCAUAUAAUAUCACAAAACUAGAACAUGAAUUAAGCCAAAAUUUACUUUUAUUAAAUGAGAACCAACAUGUGAUAUUUAAUGUUAUCAUACAAGCCAUUGAAUGUGAAGAAAGUCAAUGUUUCUUCGUUGACGGCCCCGAACUCUCUUCAAAUAUAGUAAUAGCUGGUCAAAAAUUAUCAGAUCUGAUUGAUUUUACCUAUUCAGAUUUUACCCAACAUUCUACCGAUAUAAAUUAUUUAAUUGAAAGAACUAUAUUAACUUCAAAAAAUGACGAUGCGACAGAUUCUGUCGAUUCACAAGAAGAUAGCAAUGAUAGACAAUCCCAUUUAUACUCUCCUGAGUUUUUAAGAUCUGUAAAGAUUUCUGGCUUUCCACCUGGUGAAUUAAAACUAAAAAUUAGAAUAUCCAUAAUGCUUUUACGAAAUCUAAGUCUUGCAAAAGGACUAUGCAACGGGACUCGAUUAAUUUGUCAUAAUCUAUAUAACAAAGUAAUAAAUGCUGAAAUUUGUACAGGCUUAUAUAUUGGUACUCGUGUUUUCAUACCUAGAAUCACAAUUUCACCUUCUGAUACUGAUUUACCAUUUGCUUUAACACGUCGCCAAUUCCCUGUACGUUCUACGUUUCUAUGA